CAACGAUCAAAAUUCUUCCCGGAUGUUCAAAUUGAAAAUAUAAAAAAAUAUGAAACCGAGUUAAAAUUAUAAUCUGCUAUUCCUUUAUGGCUAGAGAAAAUCAGUGAUCCUAUACUGCAAAGCUUUUAAUCAGCGAAUACCAGGAAACUGGCGACGGCAUCGGGCAGUUCGGAGGACAACGUUGCGUCAAGUUGCGAAGCUUUCCCUUCGGUUUUCGUAACCAUAUUUCAUCUUUUCUCCUGAUGAGACAGAUUACCAGUGUUGUAAAAGAGGGAAGAUGAAUUCAGAGGAAUCAAAUAGUAAGAGUUCAGAAAGUAUGGCAGAAGAUGGUGAGAUUUUUGAAGUGGACCGAGUUAUUGACAUCAGAUGGGGGACAAAUAGUAAUGGACGAGAGAGAUUAGAAUAUCGGGUGCGGUGGAAGUAUUAUAAACCAAUUGAUGACACGUGGGAGCCUCCAGAACAUUUUGAAGAAGAUUGUGGUGGUGUUCUGCGUGAGUUCCAUGAGAAGUAUGAAAAGAUGAAAGAGGAAAAAAGCAACUACUUUCAUGAAAUAGGAAGGGAAGCUACCUCUCGGUCUCUUUUUCAUGUUAACAUUUUAAGCAAAGAGAUUGAGCAAAUAACAGAGAAGACAACUGUGAAGGAAGGACAAAAGAGUAUAAUGGUGUAUCAUGUGACAUGGUUGGGUUGCCCCAAAUCAGAUUCAACAUGGGAGUCAGAGAUAGAGCUUGCACAUGCCAAGGAUAAGAUUGAUAUGUUUUUGCAUAAGAAACGUGUCCAAAAAGGGAAAAGAAAAGGCAGGGAUUUGCCAGAUUUUGUAAUUCCAGAUCAUGAAAGGCAAGUAAAUGAAAGAGAGUUCUACAAAGCAACUGAAACAAGGACGGUUCUUACUUCAGGGAGCGAUCUUUAUUCCAUUGUUAAAGGUCGAAGAUCAAGUCAGAAGAUCAACAAAUGUGAAAAUCAAGAAAAGCAAAGCAAAAGGGGGACACAAAAAGAGACGCGAGUAAAUGAAAGAGAGUUCAACAAAGCAACUGAAACAGGGACGGUGCUUACUGCAGGGAACGAUCUUUAUUCCAUUGUUAAGGGUCGAAGAUCAAGUCAGAAGAUCAACAAAUGUGAAAAUCAAGAAAAGCAAAGCAAAAGGGGGACACAAAAAGAGACAGGUAAAGAUUAUAGGACAAAGACUUAUGGUAAUCUGCUAUCAGGAAUAGAUUCGCAGAAAGCCUCCUCGAGUAAACAAUCUGAUGCAUGUAAGCAAAACAUCACAGUGAAGAUUGAAUCUGAUAUUGAGAUAGAAGAUCCCUUUGAAGGAAACAGCAUUCUUGCUGGCUUGAUUCCCUAUGAUCCAGAACAUGCCAAGAAAGACCUGGAGGAACAGAUGAAGCACACCUUAAUUUUAACUGAGGCUGAAUUUUGUGAUGCUGCAGAUAUGGGAGACUAUGACACUGUGUUUGCUUCAAUGCGGAGUGAAAGAAUCCCAGAUGUAGAUUUUACAUCUCUGUUCCUCAAAGCCUCCCGGCGUGGACAGCGAGACCUUGCCCUUCUGCUCUCUACCCAUGCCCCAGACCUAUUAAAGAGGGAUGAAUGGGGGGACAAUGCUCUAACCAUAGCAGCAAAACUGGGGGAUGUUUGCUUUGCCCAUUAUCUCCUGCUGCUAGAUGUUCCCGUAAAUGAGUGUAACAGCCUUGGCCACACAGCAAGAGAAAUUGCAAUAAAACUAGGUCACAUUCACUUCUUAAAGUUCCUGCAGGAGUAUGAAAGUGGAAUUAUUUAAUGUAUGUUUAUGCAGAGUUAGCAUGCACACGCAAACACACACGCAAAAACACACACACACACACACACACACACACACACACACACACACACACACACACACACACACACACA